UGUGCGUGAGAGAGAGAGAGAGAGAGAGAGAGAGAGAGAGAGAGAGAGAGAGAGAGAGAGUUUACAAUUUCAAUCCAACCAAUGAGACGGUCGAUACACUAGGAUUUUCAUAGUUGUGCAGGAGCACAAAGUGAGCUGAUUGUGUGAACUUCCAGGUAAAACUGCAAACCGUCUCAAGCUCACAUCUCCAGCUCAUGAUACUCAGGUCUUCUCCUCUUUAAGCCCUCGAGGCUGCUCCUCCAGGCUUUGAUGCCCUCACUCUUUGAAGCAGGUGGACAGACGCAGGCAUGAGUAACAGUGGGACCAAAGAGCCGUCUCCCCAGCCGAGCACUGCCCAGUCACCUCCUGAGCCUCAGCGCAGAGGCAGGGGUCGGCCACGGAAACAGCAGCAGGAGCUUGUUGGACCACCAACUCCAAAGCGCCCGAGAGGACGACCGAAAGGCAGCAAGAACAAAGGCCCCAGAACUGCACUGAAGAAAGUGGAGCCCGUUGGGGAGAAACGACCACGUGGGCGACCAAGGAAAUGGCCCCAGAAAGUAGUUCAAGUAGCUGAAGAGCAGCAGGGCUCUUCAGAAGAGGCUGAGGAGGGUCCCUCGCAGCUCGAGCCCUCAACUUCUCAGGUUCCAGCGCAGGAGGAAGGGGAGUAGAUAGGAUGCCCCUCUACCUACCUCAAGGUUUGGCCUCAAACAAACAGGGAUACUGUCUGGCUCCUAUCUGUGACUGGGAUUCAUAAACAAACACACACACACACACAAAAAAAUCAUUGCAGUGGUUUCUUCUCCCGACCUGAUACUGUAUCCUUGUUUUAUUGGUUCACUCUAAGAGUUUGGUGAACAAACUCUGUUUUAACAUUGAAUAAAUUGAUCUUUGGACAUGUUUUUUUUUAAGGGAAUAGUUCGACAUUUUGGGAAAUACGCUUAUUCACUUUCCGGCCAAGAGUUGCAUUAGAAGAUUGAUACCACUCUCAUGUGUGUGCGGUAGAGCUAUUGUCAGCAGCUGAUUAGCUUAGCUUAGCACAAAAACUGGAAACAGGAGGAAAUAGUUAGUCUGGCUCUGUCCAAA